AACAAUCAUCAUGACGUGGAUUUUAUACCGGCUACAUUGAAAUACAAAGACAAGGACGAAAAAGAAUCAGUGGGUAAAAUGACAACAGAAACACAAGAAAUCAUAUGUGGACCAUGCGACUUUCGAGAAAUUGCAAUGCCAGCAGUCGUAUGGUGUCCGACAUGUGAUGAAGGACUGUGCGACGAAUGUAGCGGCCAUCAUAGCGCAGCGAAGGCCACGAGAGGUCAUAAACUUAUAAACAGCGACCACUAUAAGGAAAUGCCGAGAAAAAUGAUUGAAGAGUUAAACAAAUGUACUAAACAUGACGAAAGGUACGAACUCUUUUGUCCAAACCAUGAAAUUCAUUGUUGUGUACAGUGCGUGAAAGAAAAACAUGCAAACUGUACCGGGGUAACGCUACUCAAUAAAGUCAUUGAAAACAUUAAGUCGUCCGCCAUGGUUUCAACAAUUACGCAAAAGUUGGAUAAAAGGCUAGAUGGACUUAUGAAACUUAAGAAAAAUCGGACGGAGAAUAUCGAUCGCCUUGAUAAACAGUCGUCAGAGCUGUGCGCUGAUUUUAGGCGCAUGCGUAAGGAAAUGGAUCUCGUUCUAGAUGAAUUUGAGAAUACUUUGAAUGAGCAAGCAACGUCAGUCAGGAAGACACAAUCCAUUAUUGUAAACAACUCCAUUACUCAAAUUUGUACACAUGAGUCUAUUUAUAAAGAAAUGCAUUCUGGUCUGCAGACGGUUCUAGCAUACGGAAGUGACUUUCAAGUAUACUCAGCGAUUAAAAAGAUCGAAGAAAAUAUCAUGAAUGAAGAUAAAAAAACUGAAUUGUUUUUAAAAAACAACAAUGGUUUACAAGAAAUAAAUGUUGCUCUCGAAUGCAGCCAACAGUUGUCUGCUCUGCUGUCUAAAGACAUUUCGCUUGCAACGGUCAGGACAUCUAAUUCCACUUUAGCAUGCGAUUUGAACAUAUUUGACAAUUUAGAAGCACAAAAACUGUCAACAACUAAUAGGACCGCCGUGUCAGAAUUGAAAUUAAAGCAGUUUUUCCAAGCAACUUCACGUUGCUGGUCAACCAAUUCCGUACCUCCCGAUUUUAUAAACAUUACAAGCAUUGUCCCUUUGCCUUCUGGACAGACUGUCAUGACCGAUUAUGGAGGUAAGCUAGGUAUCCUGCUUUUCAAUAGUAAUGGUGGUUUAGACAUCAGGUAUGACAACCUAGGUACACCGCAUGGUUCAUGCCUGAUUAGUGAUUCUGUUAUUGCAGUGUCGUUUCCUUUGAACAAUAAUAUUAAAUUAUUACAAGUUUACGGUUUGUCUUGUACAAUAAAGAACACUUUUAAAUUCGAUCAAAUGUGUUUUGGUUUGUGUGUGAAUUCGGACGGAAACAUUGUAGCUGCUACAAGAAAACCUGAUGACGGUUUACUUUUAAUAAAUUUAAAUGGAGAAAUUUUGAAGCGUAUUGGUUUAGGACUGCCAUUGAUCAAUUAUGUGCAAUGCUGCAAAAACAAAAUAAUUGUAGCCGAACUCGAAUCAAAAGAAAUUACUAUGUAUGACCACGAAGGAAAUAAAAUACAAACAUUUACUUUCGAAGGCGAACACGAUACCAGAAACAUCUGCUUUGAUAAACACGGUAAUAUAUUUGUAAGUGCAUUGCAGACAGCAAAAGUUACCGUAAUUUCAGAGAAAGAUGACCAUAGGCAAGAUAUUUUGGGAAUUACGGAUAGGUUUCGUGGUCCAAAGGCAAUUGUUUAUGAUCAGAAAAAUAACACAAUUAUAGUUGCAAAUAAAGACGGGCAGCAUUCUGCUAUUUAUGACAUUGUUUACAAGUAACACUUUUACAAACAACAAACGCUAAUUAUCUCAUUGGAGAGACAACAUACCAGGUUUAUUGUUUCUUGUUAACGCCGAAGAGGACCCUUAUACUUUCGACAAUACGGAUGAACAGAUGUCGUUUCUAAAAUUAAAAAUAUUUGAAACAAAGGUAUCUAUAAACAUGAAAAGAAUAGAUGAUCUUCUCUAUUGAAAUAAAAAUAAAACUUAUUAAAUAUU